AGCACAGCUCUGGGGAUAUCGAUAGGACUGACGGCAGUGGUGCUGAUCCAAGAGAGGAAGGAGGGGCUGAUGGACAGGACCUGGGUGGCCGGGGUCAGCGUGGCAGAGAUCAUCAUCUCUCAGGUGGUCACUCAGUUCUUCAUUCUCCUCGUCCAGAUCAUCCUCAUGCUCGUCUUCGUACUCUGGGUCUUUCAGGUAGGGGUUCAGUUGGUGUGCUUCCCUUGAUGUAUAAUUUUGCCAUCAUGUCGGUUGUCCCAUAAGCCAUGGAGACACGCGUACAUAAAUCUCAAAUAUGGCAAUGCUCUGUAGAUAUCACUAGCAGAACGAAUGCAUCUUAAGCAAAUCUGUGACCACUGUAAAUAUACGUCAUGUUAUAUACCGCUUGAGAAUUGUCGGAUGUCAGUUGCAAUUUAGACUAAUGGGUAGGCUCGCUUCUCUUACCAGUUAUUGUGAACCUCCAUUUCUUACAUUAUAGGUGUACAACAGGUCUGCCGGUAACAUUCCUCUCCUAAUGGUGUUAGCAUUGCUGCAGGGAAUGACAGGGAUGUCAUUUGGUUUGGUGAUAUCUGCCAUUUGUGGAGAUGAGAAUACAGCCUUGCAGGUUUCUAUUGCUACUUUCUACCCUGUACUUGUGCUUAGUGGUGUUCUUUGGCCACUAGAAGGGAUGCCUACUGUACUGAGAUACUUGGGAUCUGCUUUACCCAUGACAUACCCAGCACAGGCCAUGAGGGCUGCCAUGGGAAGAGGCUGGGGACUGGAGUAUGAGGAGGUGUGGAGAGGAUUUGUUCUGGGCAUCACCUGGUUCAUCGUGUUUCUCUUCAUUGCUGGUAUUGGACUCCGAAUAAGAAAAUGACAAACAUUUUAUAUUUAUUUAUGGGGGUCAUUUUUGUUAUUUAUUGCUGAAAUUGGACGUGUUAUUUUUACUAAAGGUUGCAAGCAAAAACUAUUGUUUUCCAGAUGAGUGCAAAAUAGCUGCUUUAUCCACUGGUGUGCUCAAUUGCGAGCUAUCAAGUUUGUUAUAGGCAGUUUUAUAAGUAUAUAUAAGAUAUACAUAAGAUGGCAGUAUAUAAAUGAGGGGGGGAUGUAGGGAUGUCACGUCAAGGAGUUGCCUACACCGAGACGGAAGGUUAUUCAUAAGCCCAAUCCUGUACAUCUU